AUGGUGGAAGAACGUUUCGCCGUAAGGAAGAAAGGCGGAUUGAGGAAGAUGAUUGCCGUCGAGAUACGGAGAAAAUUUCCGGUGUCAGCGUUGGAAUCACCGAAGCUGAUGAUAGAUUUAUAUUGCCGACACCGAGAUUCAUAUGAGGCAACAACGACAGUAGAAAAGGAAAAGAUUAGUAGAAAGCUUGAGAUGAGCUUCUUCAAUGGAGAAGCCAUGGAAAGAGGAGGAGUUCUCGGCGUCUCUGUUACUCAAUUUUUAUAA